GUUAUAUGUUAAUAAUAAUUUUAUUUACAUAUGGUUAAUCAAAUUUAUUACAUUAUUGACUUAAAAAAAUAAAAAUAGUUAUGAUAAGUUUUUUCUUUGAAAAACAUGUGGAUGGUUAACGGUUAUCCAAAUGAGUAUAUCUGAUGGUUGAAAUAUGAUAAUAAAAAAUUCAAAUAUAUUAAAUAAUGGAUAAGCAAUCGUUAUUGCUAUUUUCAAAUGGAUAUAGUUAUGGUUAUAAUAUUAAGCGACAGAAAAGAUAAUAAGACAGAAAAAAAUAUCACCUUCUAUUAAUUUUAUUAAUUUUUUAAACUCGUGAUUUAUGUUAUUAAAUUAAGAACAAUAUAUAUAAAAAAAAUCUUCAAACCCAAUCCCUAAAAAAUAAAAUGUUAAAAAAUUAAAUCGGGAAAAAAUUACACAAAAAAAUAAAAAUAAUAAAGGUUAAAUUAAAAUAAAAAAUAAAUUAAAAAGCAAUAAUAAAUUUUCAAUUUGAAAAUUAAAUUGAAAAAAACAAAAAGAUUAACAAAAGAGAAAAUAUCAAAAAAAUAAGAAUAUAAAAAACAUACUAUAAACUUGGAUUGAAGAGUAAAAUUUAAAACAAUAAAACUUUUUAUAAAAGAACUAGAAAAAAAAUCAAAAAUCAAAAAAAUAAAAAUCAAAUUGAAAAUGUUAAUACAUGAUAAAUAAAUAAAUAAAAAAUUAAACAUGUCUCUAAUUAUUUCUUCUUAUUUCCUUAUUCUCUUAGUUCCUAAUUCUCCUUUUCUUUUUAUUUCACUCCCUAAAUUCUUUAUCCUUCUCUUAUCAUUUAUAUUAUCAUCAUAAAAAUAAAAUAAAAUACGUAAAAAUGGGGCAUGGAAAACACAAUUGAAGGAAAACAACUAGAAACUAAUAAACUCAAUAUGUGUUAAUAGGAAAAUUCCAAAAUGUCUCUCUGUAUUGUAAUUGGAAGUAAGAACAACAUUAUCAAAAACAAGAAGAAUCAACUCAAUAUUGUUAAAAAAAAAAAGAAAAAAACUAAGAACUAAAGCACUGAUACAGUUUACUAAACUACAAGAGUACUCAUCGUGUAACUUCUUUGAUUUCUUUCAUGGGAAAGAGAGGAAAAUGCAACCCUAACAGCCUGCAAAAGGGCACAAAAACAGAUCCACGUAAAGCAGCAACCAUAGCGAAGCACACUACCGAUGCUUAUAAAAAAAUUUGACAAAAAACAAAGAAAACUCUCUUGUCUCUCUAUUAAUAAACCCUACUCCUCCUUAUUCCUCUGCUUAUAUUCUCUUCUAAAGGAAACCUCAAUGUACACCACUCUUGUCUUCUUCAUCUUUUAUCAAUUCCUUCUUGACUGGUUGAAAUAAAUUCUAUAACUAUUUUGAUGCUCUUUCUCUCUACUCCUUCUUCUCAAAGAGCUUUUGCAUGCUCUUUUCACGCGCUUAUUUGCCACUUUGGCUCCAGCAAACUAGUCUGGUACAGUCGUUGCCUCAGCCUCGGCCUCGAUCCCCGAAGAAAACCACACAAGAUUAAAUUACUUUAUUUUUUUUCUUUUAAUUUAAUACCCUUAGCUUCUUUCUUCCUACUUUGAACCAUCUUGUUUUUUUUUUUUAAUUAAAGGAAGGCUGAAAAAUGGAAAAAUCGAAGAGAAAUGUGAGCGAGAAAAUGUUGUUACAUAAGCAGAACAAGAACAAUAAGAAAGGUGAUGAUAAAAAGAACAGGUUCUUGAUAAGUAUCAGUUUUCUUGGUAGUGCAGGGCCUAUAAGGGUUGUGGUUAAUGGCGAUGAUCUUGUUUCUGGGGUCAUUAGCACUGCUCUAAAGAUUUAUGCUCGUGAAGGCCGGCUACCAGUUCUUGGCUUUGAUGUCAGUAACUUCCUUCUGUACUGUGUAAAUGCAGCUUCAGAUGCGUUGAAUCCAUGGGAACCAAUAGGUUCUCACGAGGGAAGGAAUUUUGUGCUGUGCAAGAAACAGGUGCAGCAAGAAACAACAGAAGAGAGGGCCGAGAUCAUAGCCAAAAAACCAUCUGGCUGGAAGGCAUGGAUCAUGGCUCAACAAGUCCUUAAAUUCUAAAAUAUAGUCUCCUAAACUAAAUCAAUUCAUUUUCAAUAUUGCAAUUAAGAACAAGUACGAACCAAGCAUCUUGUAAGCUUAUAAUAAAUGCCUGUAGUCAUUAUGAUCUGUGGCCAGGUGUGAGCUCUCCUGCCAUACCCUAAUUAAUUUAUAUUUUGAUGCUUCUCUGGGGCAUAUACUAAAGACAAUUCUGCCACAAUAUUGAAAGCUUUUGUUCUCUUUAUACAA